AGUAACUUAAGUCGAAUACAGUACGUUUACACUCCCAAACUGCGAUUCAAUAACCGGGUCAAGUUACAGAACUGCACGGUGUAGAGUGGGGUGUCCAAAUAUGACAACGGCCGGCUUCCCCGAUCGACUCCCUAUCUCCUCACCCCAGUCUAUAUGGGCAGCACCAACAUGGAUCAAAUCCUUCUACGCUAAAUUCCCUUUGGUGGUGUUAGACCAAGAAGAUUCUAUAACUUGGCAGACCUCCUCAAACUCUUCUUCUCUCUGGAUUCAUCCACCUUCUUCAGAUUCUCAUCCUCAUCAUAGAUCAUGGGCAUCUAACCAUCCAAUAUCAUUAAGAACUCAACUUCUCUUCCUCUCACGAGAUCCACCUGUGGAAGUGACUUUCCGUCCUUGGACCAACGUUGCUUCUGCUCCGGGUGGAACUCUACCGACUUUGCAUCUCCCGAAAGAAAAUAGGUUGGUAGCUACGGAUGAUAUCAGAAGUUGGCUAGAUCUGAAUUAUCCUCUCAAGGGUAAAGCAAAAGAAUGGAACGGUAUUCCUUCUCAAGAAAAAUACGAUAAAGCUUUAGCCAUUGCCCAAGUCGUUUUGGGCCCUUUAUACCGAGCUUAUCUUGCAUCUUUACCAUUUCAAUCGGAAUCAUGGCAUUUGUCAUUCCCUUCCCCUCCGGAAUUACUAGCAGGUUUGACGACACCUCUUCCUGCUGCUUUCACUGGCGAUGCGAGACAUAUAGAUAAAGAUUCUGUGGUGAGAGAAGGAGUAGAAGCUAUCCAAGCAUUGGCUGUGUUCAUCGGAGAUAAUUGGGCUUUGGAAGCAGAACAUGCAACACCUCUUGAUGCUCUGUUGGUGGGGUAUUUAUACCCUAUCUAUUCCUUGGAGGAGAAUUCGAUCUUACGAACGGCAUUGACUCGACAUUUGGGUUUAGGGCGGUACGCGGACAGAGUGCUGGAUUUGGCUUCAAGUAAUGUGAGGUGAAUGCAUCAGGGGUACAAG